GGGAUGCUGAAGGUGCUAAGUAGCAGCAACAACAAGAGGCUUGGCUCAGUGUGAGACGUCCACUGUGCUGGCCUGACAGGCUCUGAGAUGACAAUUGGAGGCAUGGAGAAUGUGGAGGUCUUCACUUCUGAGGGCAAAGGCAGGGGUCUGAAGGCCACAAAGGAGUUCUGGGCUGCCGAUGUCAUCUUUGCUGAGCGGGCUUAUUCUGCAGUGGUUUUUGACAGCCUUAUUAACUUUGUGUGCCACACCUGCUUCAAGAGGCAGGAGAAACUCCAUCGCUGUGGACAGUGCAAGUUUGCGCAUUACUGUGACCGUACCUGCCAGAAAGAUGCUUGGCUGAAUCAUAAGAACGAGUGUUCGGCCAUCAAGAGAUAUGGGAAGAUACCCAAUGAGAACAUAAGGCUGGCAGCGCGCAUCAUGUGGCGUGUGGAGAGAGAGGGCACGGGGCUCACGGAGGGCUGCCUGGUGGCUGUGGAUGACUUGCAGAACCAUGUGGAGCACUUUGGGGAGGAGGAGCAGAAGGAGCUGCGGGUGGACAUGGACACGUUCCUGCAGUACUGGCCACCCCAGAGCCAGCAGUUCAGCAUGCAGUACAUCUCACAUAUCUUCGGAGUGAUUAACUGCAACGGUUUCACUCUCAGUGACCAGAGAGGUCUUCAGGCAGUGGGUGUGGGCAUCUUCCCCAACCUGGCCUUGGUGAACCAUGAUUGCUGGCCCAACUGCACCGUCAUAUUCAACAAUGGCAAUCAUGAGGCAGUGAAAUCCAUGUUUCACACCCAGAUGAGAAUUGAGCUCCGGGCCCUGGGCAAGAUCUCAGAAGGAGAGGAGCUGACAGUGUCUUAUAUUGACUUCCUCAAUGUCAGUGAAGAGCGCAAGAAGCAACUGAAGAAGCAGUACUACUUUGACUGCACAUGUGAGCACUGUCAGAAAGGGCUGAAGGACAACCUUUUCCUGGGGGUGAAGGAAGACCCCAAGCCCUCUCAGGAAGUGGUGAAGGAGGUGACACAAUUCUCCAAGGACACACUAGAAAAAAUAGACAAGGCUCGCUCUGAGGGUUUGUAUCAUGAGGUUGUGAAGCUGUGCCGGGAGUGCCUGCAGAAGCAGGAGCCAGUGUUUUCUGACACCAACCUCUACAUGCUGCGGCUGCUGAGCAUUGUGUCGGAGGUCCUCUCCUACCUGCAGGCAUUUGAGGAGGCCUCGCACUAUGCCAGGAGGAUGGUGGAUGGAUACAUGAAGCUCUACCAUCACAACAAUGCCCAACUGGGUAUGGCUGUGAUGCGUGCAGGGCUGACCAACUGGCAUGCUGGUAACAUCGAGGUGGGGCAUGGGAUGAUUUGCAAAGCCUAUGCCAUUCUCCUGGUGACACACGGCCCCUCCCACCCCAUCACCAAGGACUUAGAGGCCAUGCGGGUGCAGACAGAGAUGGAGCUGCGCAUGUUCCGCCAGAAUGAGUUCAUGUACCACAAGAUGCGUGAGGCUGCCCUGAACAACCAGCCCAUGCAGGUCAUGGCUGAGCCCAGCAAUGAGCCAGCUCCGGCUCUGUUCCAUAAGAAGCAAUGAGGAUCUUCUGGAGAAAAGUCAAUGUGCCUGGGGACAUGGGGAAAGAUUCUGGAGGUGGUGGGUCUCUGCAGAGACCCUUGAUGAGUAAGUCAGGGUCAUGCUCAACCAGUGGCUGUCUUCACUGUGUUCUCCACUGUCGUUUGGUUUAAUUCAACUCAGUUCAAUUCAUCCCAGCCCAAGUUUUCCUAUUAUUAUCUUUAUUGCAUGGUAGGAUCUCACACCUAAUAAAGGAGCUCCAAAUGUAGUUGUGUGGGGAGGCAAAAUGUAAACAGUUAAAGCACAGUAUAAUACUAAGUGCAAUGGCAAACUAUAUGAAGAGAGGGGUUCAGAGGAGGAUGUGGGGUGUGUGUGUGUGUGAACUGAGGGGAGUGUCAUCAAGGGAAUGGCAUCUGAGCUAAGGGUUGCAGGUGCCUGGAGUCUUCAGGUGGUUUCUCACCUAUCUGUGCAAAUAUCUCUGGGGCUGUGGUCUCACCCAUGGUCAGAAUUGUCAGGAUUUGGCAAACAAGGAUGGGUAAGUCCCAUUUCCUCAGGCUGGUGUGAGGUGAUAAAGACAGGGCUGGGCUGUGUUUAGUCAAUUAGAAUCUACUAAGAGACCUGAAAUACCUUCAGAAUGGGGCAUCAAAAGAGGGGGCCUUGUCCAAAUCACCUGAAGUCCCAGGUGAUCCCUGGAGAUCCCUGGAGAUCACACGGAACGUGGUACCUUUACCCACUCUCAUUGCCAAGUCUUUUGGCUACUUGUGAUGUGGGGGCUUCUUGGGCAAUAUGUGAGAUUUUUCUGGUUGUUGGCCUAGUAGAAUUGAAGAAGUCUUUUUCAGGGUGAAGCUGAGAGAGAAAUAUUGAAGCACACAUACCUGAUGAUCACAGGCCUGGAAGAAUUGGCUCCUGGUUACAUGUGUCUGGUGAUCUUUAUCAGAUUAGACUUCAUUGUUGACCCCAACAGGCCUCCAUUUUUAGUACUAAAUUGUUGCUACUUCCCUUAAUUUCUUUUUCUGUCCAUGCCCUGGGGGCUUAUGCCCUUCUCACCAGAAGGAACACACUUGCGCACCUGGGUUAGGAUCUCUUCAGAGGUGUGGCAAAAUUUAUCCUCAUUUUUUGGGAAACUGAUUUCCAUCUGAGAAGUAAAGGUCUUGGGAACUAACCGAUUCCAAGAAUGGCCUGUUAUCUUCUGGGACCCCAAAUUUUUCACCAAUGCUUUUGGGAACCCAGGAACAGUGCCCUUAAGUUGGGGGUAUCACCAAGAUUUCUAUACACCUUGAGCUAUCCUUGAUCCCAGAACUCUUUCUAACAUCUUAAAGUCUAGCUAUUCCACCAAUCCCCAUAUUUAUCUCUGCCUAAAAUGUUAGCUCCUCCAGCCCCAUCCUUUCAUUCCCAGAAUGAACCAUGCCUCCCUUUGAAUUGCAUCUGCUAACUGAAACCUCUGCAGAUAGAACAUUCCUUUGCAGAAUAUUAAUGUUAUGACAUUUGACUCUUCUUUGAGGACACUCUCUUCUGUAGAAGCUUCUACAGGAAGACUGACAGUUCUUUCAAGCCUCCACCUCUCUGGCAAGUAGAACAUUGACAUUCUCCCCAGGAUCCAACUGGUACAUUCAAAUCAUCAAAAUACAAAACCUCCCCUAAGCCCUCUUUCCCUUUGUGUCAUUGUUCUCUGUCCACCCACUGGUCUUUCUCCCAUGUUCAUGGUCAUUUUUCGCAUCUUUCUAAAAUUUGUUGUCUUCAGUGAAUUGUGCUCUGUGUCUAUGCUCCUUGUCCCCACCUCCCCUCUUGGACCAGUGGAAUGGAAGUUCCUAUCUCCUGCCAAGGCUAGCCUGUGCUCCUGUACUCUGGACUCCUUGCCCUCCUUGCCCUUGUGAUCUUGGUCCAUUGUUAUUCCUUCUCCAUCCUAGAUCCUUGACAUUUCCCCACUGCUGGCCUUCUUUAAUGCAUUCAAUAAACAUGCUGAGGACUCUUUUUAUUUUUUGGGUACUAGGGUUUGAACUCAGGGCCUACACCUCAAGCCACUUCAUCAGCCCUUUUUGUGACGGGUUUUUUUGAGAUAGGGUCUCAUGAACUAUUUGCCCGGGAUGGCCUUGAACCUUGAUCCUCCUGAUCUCUGCCUCCUGAGUAGCUAGGAUUAUAGGCCUGAGCCUCCGGUGCCCCGCCCUGAGGGCUUCUAAUAGUCUUCAUAGCUGAGUAUUUUUUUAGUUGUAUAGUUUUGUCUGCUUCUCCUCACUUUCCAUUUCUUCUUGAACCCACUGCAGACUGGCUUCCACUCUUGCUCCUCCACUAAAAUGGUUCUUAUCAAGAUCAAAUCUAGUGGGUACUUUUUAGUCUUUAUAGUAUUUGGCAUCUUCAUCAACUGAUAUUCCCUAACUUGAAUUCUGUGACCCAGCUUCCUUGUGAUGAUCCCUUGAUGAGAUUUCUCAGGCUUUUUCACUAGCCUGGUUUCUCCAUCUUCCCCUGACAUGUUGGCAUUUGCUGGAGUUGUUUUGUCUUUGAUUCAUUCUCUUCUCACUCUGCAAUACUCCCUGAAUGAGCUUAAGCGGACCUUGUAUUGAUGAUUCACAAAUCUGUAUUCCCUGAUCUUGCAUCUGAAAUCUAGCUCCACGCACCCUCUCAAAUGUUCUGCAUGUGUAUCUAACUCAGCAUGUCCAAAAUGAAACUUUCCUUUCUUCCUCCCCUUAACAUCUAGUACCACUCAGAGUACCACCCAAGAACAUAACCUCCUCUAUCAGACUGUGAGCUCCUGGAGGACAGGGGCUAAGUGCCUUCGUUUAUCUUUCUAUUCCCAGAACCUAGCACCAGAACAUGGUGGGUACUCAGUAAGUGUGUGUUGAAUGAAUGAAUGAACAAAUGGAUGAAUUUACUUAUCUCAGAGCAAAAGAGAUAUGGAACUGUGCAUUUCAAGUUUUUGUGUUAUACCAAUCAACAAAGCCCAAUUAAACUCUCUGUGUUUCUAAGCAAAUAGGCGUGGCAUCUUUCUUUCUGAUAAUCUUUUUGUAGCAGCCCUGUUUCACAGAACAUUCUGGGAUGGUGGAAAUGAAUUAUAUGUGUGUGUACAAUAUAGUAGUCAUUAAUAGCAUGUGACUGCUAAGUGCUGCGGUAAGACUGAGGAACAGAUUUUUAAUUUUACUUAAUUUCAAUGAAUUUAUGUUUAAAUAGUCAAAGUGGCCAGUUGCUACUGUAUUUUUUUAAAUUGUACAAAAUAAUGAGUUUUAUUAUGAUAUUUUCAUACAUAUAUACAUACAUAUAAAAUUC